AUGGAGAGCACUUAUAAAUCUGGAUAAAAUCCCUAAAUCUACAUUCUUUAUGCCUCUGAAACUGGAAAUUGUGAGUAAAUCUCCUAAGAUUUCUUUGAAACUUUCUCCAAAGAUUACCCUAAUGCAAAAAGGUUCGUGCUAAAUGACCAUUAGACAUAGAAAAAUGGCUAAUCAGCAUUUGAUUUACAAAGUAAAGAUGCUCUUAAAGUAUGCAUAUUCCUCACCUCUUCAACCGGAGAUGGAGACUCUCCAGAUAAUGGAGAGAUUUUCCAUAAAUUUUUGAGGAAAUAGACAAAUCAUUUAGAAGAGGGCUAACACUCUACAGCCUUAAGUCAUGUAUUUUACACAGUUUUAGGCUUAGGUGAUUCCAAUUACAGUAAAUUUUAAGGAGCUCCUCGAUUCCUUGAUUCAAAACUAAAAUAAUUAGGAGCUCAAACAUUUUAUGAUAGAGCUGAAGCUGACGAGGCAACAAGUUUAGAGUUAGUAGUUGAGCCAUGGCUUGAAGGUCUCAACGAUUCAAUUAAUAGUAUAAUAAGGAAGAUAAAGAAAUUUGACUAAGAGUAUAUCGAUCAAUUAUUAACACCUAUUGAUGUAAAUGAACAUCAAGCUCAAGUUGAUGGUCAUGAUGAUGAAAAUGAAUCAAUUAAAACUCCAUUAAUGACAUAUGGAAAUAUUAUAGGUGGUAAGAUAACUCCAUGCUCACCAGAUAGAGAGUUACUAGAAAUAGAAUUCAAAACUGACAAGCCUGUUUCUAGAGACCUAAUUGAUGUUGGCUCAGCAUUUUCUUUUCUGCCAUAAAAUUCUGAAGAAACAAUCAAUUAUGUGAUAGAGAAAUUUAAGUGGGAUAGAAAUGCCUUGAUUGGAAACGAUACAGUUUACGAUUUGCUUUAAAAAUCAGUUGACAUUGUCAGUGAGAAAUUGAAACUGAGCAAAGUAUUGACAGAUUACGAUCUUUAGUUUUUGCCAGAAGAAGCCAAAGAAAGCAAGCACAUCACUCUAAAAGAUUUCUCCGAAUAUACAGUUAAAUUUGAUCAGAUUCCAUUCUCAAUAUUAGAGGAUGAUGUUCCAAAGAUAAAAGAAAGAUAUUAUUCUAUCAUAAAUGAUCCAUUUUAUGAUGAAAAGGAGAAAUAAGUUGUAGAGACUUCUCAUACAUUCAAGAUAUGCUUUGGACUCCACAAGUUUUCAGUUAGGGGUUAAAAUAGAUUUGGCUUAGCGACUAGUUUCAUGAAAGAUAUUCUUGUAAAUCAAGAAUUUUCUAGGAAAAUUAAAAUGCAUUUCAGUCAUUCAAAUAGAAUAAUUUAUUUCCCUCACAAAGAGUAUGUUCAGGAGCUAAAACCUUUGAUAUUUAUCUGCCAUGGAACAGGUAUUACGCCAUUUAUUUCAAUCCUAGAGAGAAUAAAGAAUAUUUACGAAAGCCAUGAAAGAUUUGGGGACUUAAUUAUGCUUUUUGGAGUAAGAAGUGAUACUGAGAACUUCCUGUUUAGAGAGCAACUUCUUGAUAUCUUUACCAAACUUAAGUUAAAGUCUGAUUAUUCAUAAUUAUAUCUAGCUUCAAGUCAAAGUUUGAGCGAAGAGACUUAUAACGGGUUAGUAAUUAAGAGGAAAGGUCAUGUUUAAAGCUUCUUUGAAGAUCAAAGUGUCAGAGAUCGUAUUAAAAAUUAUCUAUUAGAAAAGGAGGGUUAUCUGAUGAUUUGCGGAAAUAAAUCGACACUUGGAUAGUCUGUUAUUAAAGGCUUGAACGAAAAGUUUGACGAGCUAUUCAGUCAUUCCUAGUUAGAUAAACUUAAAUAGAGCGGAAAUCUUUUGCUUGAAUUAUGGGAUGAUUGA